UAACAAUAGCAAAUGCAACUGUUGUUGAAAAGGAUACAGAACUAAUAGCAGUGUCGAAUCUGAAAGACGAAACAACCAUGAACCUUUCCGAAGCACAAGCCGGGGUCACACCCGAGACAGUGGUAGAAUCACCACUUGUGACUGCAAAUGACCCUGAGUCUGAAAUGCUAAUACAAUCAGAAAUACUGGAGGUGACAGAAUCAAAGGCAGAUAUAAUUUUAAUAUCAGAAACACCAGUAGAAACAUGUGUAGUUGACUCAUUGGUAUAUGAGCUUGAAGUUAAAACACAGGUGGUAACAUCAACAGAAAGACAUUCUACCCAAUUUCUUGCUUUGACAUCAGAAAUAAACAAUUUUCAGUCAGAUUUAAAAUCAAUAAAUACACCAGAUGUUUCCACUGCCACCACACUACGAGAAUCUCCCAUAGUCUCUGAAAUACAGACAGAAGAAUCUUUAGCAUUUUUAACAGCAGCACCUUCUCCAGUAUUAAAGGAGGUAGCAGAAAAGGGGGGCAUACAUAUCAACAGACCAGUUACAGUUGAGGUGACUGAACCAAAAUUAGAAAUGCUUAUGGUAACUGAUGCAAUAUCACACACAUCUCCAGUCUCUGCACUGGAAGAACAAACUAUCAAGACUUCAGCUAUUGAAACAGAAUCCUUAGUACGAAGGUUAAAGGUGGAAAAGAAUGUCAACAUGCAAGGCUUGGUUGUGACAUCCUUAAAGCAAACAGGACUUGAGACACCAGAUGCAGUUGAUAUCAUUGCGUUAAAGAUACCUAUGGCAGAAGAAACAAGCGUAGGAACACCAGAUGUGACUGAACAGAUCAUAAGAGCACCAGUUCUGACAUCAGUGAUGGAAAACAUGGAGUCAACAGUAUUUUCAUCAACCAAUGAAGUACCAAAAGUAGUUAGACAACCGCUACACACCGAGUCUGAAUUCAAAGUAACAGAAAUAACUAAACAGGUCAUUCAGGACAUACAAAAUACUGCACAUCUUAAAGAAGACUCUAAAAGCCCUGAAGAAAGGGGUGGAAAAUUGCAUGAGGUUUCUUUAUCCACUGUGGAAACUGCUGAAUCCUCACCAGGACCAGAUGAGGAUGUAUGGGAGGAUGCUUUUGACGAUAUUAGUGAUUAUCAGAGUUCCAGUACUAAAACAAGAGGUGGUCUGCAAGAUACCGUUUAACCAUGUACCAUGGCAACAAGUGAAGUCUGUUUGAAUGAAUGCCACUGAAGAAGAAAGAGUCUACUAUCAGUCUUACGGCAUCAAAGGCUGCGGAUUGUUCCUCUCAGCAUGAAUGUUUGACUAAGCAAUGUGUAUAAGCAAUAAUGCAGUACAGAAAAGACAAAUUAGGGUGAAAUUAGCCAUUUUCUAUAGCCAUAAUCAUGCAAAUCAUAAUAUGUAUGUCAUUUGUGCCUUUUGGCUACCUGAUAUAUAAACACUCAACCUCAAAAUUAAAGGUAGAUCAAGUAUAAAGGUCGCCAUAUAAACAAGAUGCUGCAGCAUAACAGCAUCAUGAAUUUGUGGAUUAGCUAUACCUUGCUUUUAAUUCACUUAUAUUCUAUAAUCAUAUUUGAAUAAAAAGAAAAUGUCACCAAAGACCCAUUUACAAUUGUACAUAAUCCUCCUGGCCUACAUAUUACCAGAGAUACCAGAGACCAGUAAACAUUGGUUAAAAACUGCUUAAGACUAACAUUAAUGAUUAUUAAUUAUUUAACAUAAUACAUUUCUUGAAUGAUUUAACUUUAAAUCUGUCUGUAUUUGUUUUUCUAAAACCUGAGAUCUUACCAAAUACAUGAUUCAGAAUCUUCUCAAAAAAUGUCACUACUCAUAAAUAUGAUAUAGUUUUGACUGUUAUUCAUUGCAAAUAAACAUACAUUUCUGGACAGUAUUAACCUAAUCCAAGUAGUACGUUUUUUUUUUUAAGUUACAAUAAACCUUUAAUUAGCAAGAUAUUUAUGAAUUAACCCACAUUAUAUU